CCAAGUGGGUAUGGAAAUACGCCCGUCGCUGCGGUCUUAUCAUGCAAUUCUCGAACACAGCAGGAUGUUUACUUGGCAAUCGCUAUCUUGCACUCAGGACGCCAACACAAGCUUCCGUCCAAUAGGAAAAAGAUCAUGGCGGCCCAGCCGGAAUGGUGAAAUUUAGAGGGUGUGGAAAGUCUUCUGAUUCAACGAGGGAUACAAUUCGUGGCUAUUCUCGGCUUCUCUUGUAAUCGUUGUAUCCGGAUUUGCUCGAAGUCGAUAUUAUCCUUCCCUCAUCAUCCAAAUACUCUCUUGUUGACCUCGGUUUUAAUUAUGGCUCCCAUGUUUUUGGAUCCUCCUACCGCUGAUUCUAUUGCAGCAAAGUUUAUUUCUAGUUGUUCUGACCCUUUGGUUGUUCCGUCACGUAAUGCUUCCAAGCGUCUGAGGGAGCUCUGGUGGCAGCACGGUGACCCUCACUCGACAAGAUAUGAAGACCUAACACUCGUCAGCUUGGCAGCUUUAGUUCGGCAUGACGGCUCAAUUUACAAAUCACAGAAAGCAUUCUUGUAUCCACUUACAUCAGAUUCAAUGGCAGAGUACAAGUCUUUGACAUGGGAUGAGUUCGACAUUGUCACCGAGACAAUCGCCUUGACGUAUGCGUACCAGCUCGAGAUUGAGCUCCAACACGCAAACAUAUCUCAGCAACAACCAACUAUUGCACUCCUUGGGACUGGCAUAACUAUCGAAUACUUUUGUACUCAAUUAGCUCUCCAAAAACUAGGUGUUAGAGUUCUCCUGCUCGCCGAGUCAAAUCCGCCAAAUGCCUUACAUUACCUACUCAAAAGCUGCCACGCUUUGGCAGUAAUUACAGAUUCAAAAAAUGACAAUGCAGAUACAAAUGGGAUUCGGAAGUUGUGUAUGAUAGAGUCUUUACCUCAGGGAUUAUCUACAGAAGCAGAGCAGGUGGACAAGGUCAAAUUUCGAGAUUUUGGAGAUGUCUGGGAGAGACAUGCGUUCAUUAUCCACUCAUCUGGAUCUACAGGCAUGCCAAAGCCUAUUAUUCAUACCAAUAGAAGCAUGAUGUUGAUAGCAAGGAUGUAUCGCUUGUUCCAGGAUUUCGAAGUUGAGAACUGGUUCCUCCUCUUCCCACUGUACCACAUUGCCGGCAUAUCAAUUGCCCUUUCUAAUCUUCCCAAUGGACAACUACUGUCUUUCCCACCACUUUCGUGGCCACCUUCUUCAUCCUCCAUCUUCUCUGCUUGGACGACACUAGCUGAAAUGGGACAUCCAGUUCAAUGUGUUCACUGUGCACCUACUCUGAUCGAAAACAUGUAUGAAUACAUAUCCACUGAAAACCAAGACUUCAGUCCCCUCACUUCACUUAAGAUCUUACAACCAGGAGGAGCAGCUCUUUCGGACAGUAUUGUGAAAGCCCUAGUCGCUGCUGGUGUGAACGUCAAAACUACCUAUGGAAGCACGGAGAUCGGACCUCCUUUCCGGACAAUUGGACCCAGGGAUAGUGCCGACUGCUACAAAUUCCGAAACCUGUACCCGGAUAACCAAUUUCUGAAAAUGGAAGAGGUCGGAGAAGGUAUCUUUGAAUGCGUGGUUCUCAAAGGGUUCGAACUUGCAGCCGAGUUAUGGCAGGAGAGCGAUACACCUUACAGGACAAAUGACCUAUUCAUUCAGCACUCACCGGGAAGCGGCUACUAUACCUUACAAGGUCGGAAAGACGAUAUUCUUGUUCAUAGCAAUGGCGAGAAUACCAGUGCAGGACCUCUACAACUUGACAUCCAGACAGCGACCAGAGUUAUCCACAAAGCGCUUGCGGUUGGCCACUCCCAACCCUGUGUCAGUCUGCUUGUUGAGAUACAGGAAGACUACGACCCAAGCGAUGAAAUGGUCGAGGAGUCUGUUUGGAAGACAGUGCAGACCGUCACAGCUCAAUACCCGAAACAUUCUCGGAUCAUGCGGUCCAUGAUUUGCAUUCUCCCACGAGGAGCGAAUCUCCCAACCACACCAAAAGGGAAUGUCAAACGUAAGGAAGCGGAGCAAACCUUUGCGGCCGAGAUCGAUGCUCUUUACAAUGAUACUUUUACGUCUCCUCCAACACCGCGCGAAUACGAAGAAGACUCCCUGGCGGAAUACCUCCGUUCUCUCCUCUCCACUUUCUCCAAGGUUCCAGCGUGUGAGAUAAAUGACUACACUACCCUCUAUGACCUGGGAAUCAGCUCUCUCACAGCUCUGUCACUUCGCACAUCUCUCUCAAAACGUCUUUCUCGUCCGAUCACCAUCAGCACCCUCUUCGAAAAUCCGUCAAUCUCGAAACUUGUUUCCGUCUUAACGCCACCACCUUCAGAUUCUGGCUCGAACGCAGAAUCAGCAGCACCGUUGAAGCCAAAUUCGGUAGAAACUAUAAAUCGCACCAUUACCUCCCUCACAUCUGAACUAUCAUCAUGGCCUCCUCGCUCACAAACUCACUCUUACCAGCCGACGUCGAAACACAUUGUCCUCCUAACCGGCGGUACAGGCUCACUCGGCACAUCGCUCCUUACCAUCCUAACCGCAUCGUCCCAGAUAGCCAAAAUCUACGCUCUAGUUCGCGGACCAUCUGCUUUCGAGAAAUUGCACAGAUCACUCACUCGUCGAGGUCUGGAUACUUCGAUCCUCGACCUCAUGAACGAAGACGGCAGCAAGAGGAUCGAGAUUUUGAACUUCAGCAUGCGAGAUUCUCUGCUUGGACUUGAUAUUGAGACUUAUGCAAUGCUAACGAGAGAUGCAACUAUUGUUCUUGCUGGGGCUUGGAAGAUGGAUUUCAAUCUACCUGUGGAGGAGUUCGAAGGGGAUUGUAUCAAGAACACAAUGUCUCUCCUCCGACUUUGUCAUGCCGGUCGUCCCAAAACUUUCGCAUUCACAAGCAGCAUCAGCACCUGUAUGGGAGCAGCCCCUUUCUCGGCAACCACGCCCUCGCUUACCAUCCCCGAAUCAGCAAUCGGUUCCGAUCCUGCCAUUGCGCUGUCAACAGGGUACGCGCAGAGCAAAUACAUAAUCGAGCGCAUAACCCAAACAGCGUCCCACCUCCUCUCCCUCCCCAUCACCCUCCUCCGCGUCGGCCAACUCUCCGGCCACACACAGACAGGACACUGGUCCACCGAAGAAAUGUGGCCCAUCAUGUUCGCGACAUCGUUCCAUCCUUCUAUGAACGCCCUCCCGCUGUUCCCUGAGAAGAAAGUCGAUUGGAUACCAGUUGAUAUUGCGGCGAGGACGAUCACUGAUAUCCUUCUCUCAUCAUCCCCAGUAUUGCCACUCGAGGGAGCUCUACCGGGAACUCAAAUUGGAUGUCAAGAUGAGAAGAAUGAGAGUAAGAUCUACAACGUCCAUAAUAUCGUCAACCCGCAUUCCAUCCCCUGGAGCUCUCUCAUCGCCAUGCUCCAGUCUCAACGCCAGAUACAAAAUACGUCCUCCUCCACCACCACCACCUCCUCAUCCACCUCAUCUCCUCUCCCACCCCUCGAAGAAAUCAGCAUAAAAGAAUGGACCCGUCGACUCGUCGCUCUCUCAUCCCAACCCUCAUCCUCUCACCCUACCUCCACCUCCACCUCCAUCACCCCCACACCCACACCCACACCCAUCCCCGGCCUCCGACUCCUCCAUUUCUUCGAAGCUAUGGCUGCCGCCGAGGGAGGCACCGAGGCAGAGGGAGAGAGAAAAGGAGGACAGAGUAAAAUAUUCGAGACGGGCAAGACGAGAGCGAUCAGUGAGGCGUUGAGGGAGUGUGAGGCGUUUAAGGAGGAAUGGGUGAGGAGCAAUUUGGAGGUUUGGAGGGAGAGUGGGUUUUUGAGUUUGUGA